AUGAGUUCUGAAGAUUGUGAUUUUGGAGAACUUUCCGAUGGUGGUGAUGAUUUCGAACAAUCUACCAAGGCUUCAUUUGAUGAUGAAACUGAAGAGCCUGUGAAAAAAGUUGCAAAACCAAAAGGAGCACCAGAACCAAAGAAAGCAAAACCAAAGGCAGUCAUGGCUAAGAAUCAAACAUCUAACACUAAUAUUCCAAAAAUUAAUAGAGUUUCUUUGAAUUUAGGCCAAAAAUUAAAUCUUCCCCCACCAAGAAGAAUUGGUUUAAGUAAAAGAUUACUUGCUCAUGAUAAGCCAAAAUAA